UAUCUAUUUUACUCCUCCCCCUUCAGCUCCAAAACAGUCAGCUGAUGCAGUACUUCCUGUUUACUUCUGAGAAGUGAUCGGCUCCUUUAGUUCAGCUACUUUACUCCAUAUAAAACCAAUGUAGGGCUUUGUUUUGAUCAUUUUUCUCUCCUCAUGGCUCAGAUUGUGCGUUUCUUUCUGCUCCUGCUGUGCGCCGCGGCUCUGGUCUCUGCAGCUCCGACGGGAAGCAGCUACCUGCCGGGAACAGGCAGGUUCUGGCACAUCACCGACCUCCACCUGGACCCCACCUACCACCUGACCCAGGACCCCACCAAGGUUUGUUUCUCCUCUAAAGGGGCCCCCGCCACCCAUGCAGGCCUGUAUGGAGACUUCCUGUGCGACUCCCCCUACAGCCUGAUCCAGUCAGCCUUUGCCAACAUGGCACCACUCACACAGCCGCAGGACUUCAUCAUAUGGACCGGGGACAGUCCACCACAUGUCCCUCCAAAUGAACUUUCAACAGACUUGGUGAUCCAGGUGAUCAGUAACAUGACACAGACCAUCACACAGCAUUUCCCCAACCUGACUGUCUACCCUGCACUGGGAAACCACGACUACUGGCCACAGGACCAGAUGCCAGACUCUACUAACGCCAUCUACAAAGCAGCUGCUGCACUCUGGAAACCCUGGUUGGAUACUGAAGCUCUCACCACUCUCUCACAAGGUGGUUUCUACUCACAGCUGGUAAAACCUGGUCUGCGGUUGGUGAGUCUCAACACCAUCCUUUAUUAUGGUCCUGAUAAAGUUACAAGCAACAUGACAGACCCAGCUGGACAGUUUGAGUGGCUGGAGAGGACUCUGGAGAAAGCUGCUCAGAGCCAAGAAAAGGUGUACAUCAUAGCCCACGUCCCGGUGGGUUAUCUGCCCUUUGUCAGAAACACCACCGCAAUCAGAGAUCGCCACAACGAGAGGCUGGUGGCCAUCUUCAGGAAGUACAGCCAUGUUGUUACAGGACAGUUCUAUGGUCACACCCACAGAGACAGCAUCAUGGUGCUGCUAGAUGAACAAGGUAAUCCUGUGAAUUCGCUGUUUGUGUCGCCGGCUGUUACACCAAUCAAAAGUAUUUUUGAGCAGUUUUCCAACAACCCAAGUUUCCGCAUGUAUCUGUACAACAAUAAGAACUACAUUGUCAAGGAUAUUUGGCAGUACUAUUUGAAUCUGACGGAAGCCAACGAGAAACAAAGGUCCGACUGGAGGCUGGAAUAUAUCAUGACUGAGGCUUUUGGACUGACGGACCUGCAGCCAAAAAGUCUUCUUCAGCUGGGCCUCAGCUUCAUGCUGCCACACACCAAAUCUUUUGACAAGUACUUCAGCCACUUUAUGGUCAGCUACGACAACCGCCUCAUCUGUGAUGGAAGCUGCAAGGUCAACCAGGUGUGCGCUGUUCUCCACCUGGAUGAACAGUCAUACUCAAAAUGUGCGGCGAGUUCACACUGGUAGCAAGAUUUAUUCUCAGGAAACUUUAAAGUCUUUCAUAUUUUUUGUAUAUGCUGGCAUCAAAUAAAAAAGCGAAACGUUAAGCUCUGCUUUCACUGAACCCAAUAAUCAACUAAUAAUUGGUCCUGAAAGCAAUACCUUUACUGUACAAAAACUAAGAUAAACAUUACGUUUCUGUCCAAACUGUUUUUUAGUUCUAUGUCACUUUACUUGAUGGUAGAGACAGAGGAGAAUCAUAUUUUUCUUGCUAUAAAGUAAAAUAACUACACUGAUGAUGGAUGAAAAAGAGGGUUUGGAUGGUUACAUCUGCUGCUUGAAUAUUGUUUUCCACUGUUGAUGCGAAGGGUUCAUAAAUAAAUGCUGUGUUUAUGUUUCAGAAUAUGUUUGGUUAAAACUGAUUUUGUACUGUUGAGCAGCAAAGUUGCACUGUCUGAUUGUUGCGACCCAGCUCAGCCAUGAGAAAAAGGGAACAUUAAAGUAGGUGAAACAGGUUUUUGACCAAAACUAAAUGAUUUGUUUAGUCUUUGGGAUUUUGCAAAAGAAAAAAGGAGGGCACCUUGAACAUUACAGAAAGCAACAAGGUUUUUACAAGUCAAAGUCAACAAACCACGUUCACAUAUCAAAUGGGAACAAAACUAGUUUGAAUUAAACAUUCUUAACAAAAAGUCGACAAGCCAAGUUCAGAUAUUUCAAAAAAAGGACAACAAAACUAGUUUGGGUUAGCAAACAUUUUGCCCAACAGUUAACAAGUCAAGUGCAGACAUUUGAAAGGGCAGAAACGAGCCGCAUCCAUUAACUGAACAAGAGCUCAUAUAGGAGGGUCAUCUCUGUGAUUGGACGAGCCAGAAAUGAACAGUCCAACUGGGUUUCAACGGUAUGUCCAUUUGGAGGAGGCAACCAGUGAUGGGAAAAUCCACAGCUGAUGCAACCAAAAUGGCCUCUGGCCAUAACACUGAUGUAAUUAUUGUAAUGAAAUUUGAUAAUAAAUGAAUGUAUAUUUGUACAGCAGAAGUUACCACAAUUCCUGUGGCUAUAUGCAUUUAUUAAUUCCAAAACACUGUAAUAUAUUCAAUAAUACCAAAAAAUAUCAUGUUACAUAUGUCAGGCCAUAUUGCUUAAAGCUUCUUAAAUAUAUUAACUGAGUUUUAUUGAUUUUAAAAUGUGUCCAAGUGCAGUUAUAAUCCCAACAUUGCAAACUGAUGCUGUUUAUUGCAGGGUUCCUAUACGUUUCCAUGGAAACAUAGUAUCUAGUAUCCCCAAAUAUACAAAUAUAAAUGAAUGUAUUGAAUAAAUCAAAAUACACAGACACAUAAUUACAGUUUAAUUAAACAUAUUACAAAAACAUCUUCAUCAAGUGUAUAGGACUAGGAAAAAUGGUUAAAAUGGUACAUGUAUAAGAACUGUGUGCAAGAAAAAUGGCUGAAGUUUGUGUUUCUCUGGAGAAAUACUUCACUACACACUUCCAGUUGGUCAAAGGGUGUUUUCCAUAGAAUAGUUUUUAAAAUAACCUCUGUUUUUUCUUAAAGUCUGUAAAGAAAAUGUUUGAAUAAUCUCAUUUUAUAUGUUUUAGUUUUUUUGUCCCUUCUUGCAGAAAAUGUUUGCACUAUUUCAUUUCCAUUAGAUAUGCAUAAUUUGUUUGUGUAGCAUCAGGAUUUAGUUUGUGGAGAAUGGCGCCUGUCUGUAGAUGCAGAUAGGAAGUUCAGCAUCCAGAGUGUGAAACCAGGAUGUAAACUUAGUUCAUUAGUUAUCAUUUAAUAGGUAAUAUCAAGAACAGAUCAUGUUGUUAUUUGAUAAAAUGUAGUUAAUCUGUUGUACAGAUGGAAUCUCUUGUUACGGUGAAAACUUUAUUGUCUACAGCAGAGAUAAAACAUGGAUGAAGUCACUGAAACACAUCCUGGCUUUAAUAUAGACAAUAAUGUUUUUGAAUUUCAUUGCUGGUUCAUAAGAAACAAACAAUAUAAAAUAUAUUAUCUCAGAUGUCUCACAAUGUUGGUUUAGCUUUUUUUUUUGUUUAUUCCUUCACUGAAUAAAGAGCUUCAGUGAAACACUUU